UGAAUAAAAAGAGUUGAUUUCCUCGCCCUCCCUCUCCUUUGCCAAUGUUUCUUCAAUGGCGGAGAAGCAAUUGCCUUUGCUGGAUUACCCGAAAGCGAUCCCUAGUUUUGUCGCCCUCUUUGCCUAUUUCUAGGUUGUCACAAGAACGGUGUUGCAAGGGAACUGACACGUUCAUGAGAAGAGGCGUUCGGAGAAGGCAGGGAGGAAGAGCAGAAGGCGGAGCAGCGGGAGAGUUUCCCGAUGCGACGAUGAGGCCGCAGCAGCGGCAGCAAUCACGGAAGCACCGGCGAGGAUGAGCGAUGAUUGUGCGUACCGGGUGGAGACCACGUCGCGGCUCGCCCAAUGGAGGAUCGAUGCACUUUCCUCUUACUCCUAUCGCAGGUCCGACCUCUUCAAAAUUGGCCUCUGGAACUGGUAUCUCGCAAUUGAGAAGAGCAAGCAACUCUAUGUCAAACUAUACCCUGAGAAUUCUAGCUUAACAAGAGAAAACCCACCUAUUGCCUCCUUCAACAUCAAGGUUGUCUUUCCGUUGACUCCAAACCGCCAAACCCUCAUCCAUCCAGCAAUUUCUGACAAACGGCUGAGGAACAAUAAUGACUUUGUGUGGGCUAUAGAUACCUUGCUUACAGGCAGGUUCAUCAUCGACCUUGAAUUCCUUGACCUGAAGAUUUUAACUCCAUCAGGUGAUAAGACUACCUCCAUCUGGACGGAUCAGCAGGCUAAUAAGAACAGAGGUGCCGCGACCCUCAAUUCAUUUAGUAGGAUGCUAACUGAGGGUGUCCACACAGAUAUCAGAAUCAAUGUCACUGAUAAUCUCAUUGAUAGAAGUAUUGGUGCACACAGAGCGGUCCUGGCCACAAGGUCUCCUGUUUUCCGCAGCAUGUUUUCUCAUGACCUAAAAGAGAAAGAACUUUCGAUCAUCGACAUCUCUGACAUGUCUUUCGCCGCUUGCCAGGCCUUCCUCAACUACAUUUAUGGUAACUUUAGGUCCGAUGAAUUCCUAGUUCAUCGUGUUGCCCUCCUAAGAGCCGCUGACAAGUACGAUAUAUCUGACCUAAAGGAAGUGUGCGAAGAAAGCCUUGCAGAUGACAUUGAUACUGGCAAUGUGCUUGAAAGGCUCCAAGUUGCCCAUCUCCACCACUUACCUAAGCUGAAGAGCAGCUGCUUGAUAUACCUGGUGAAGUUUGGAAAACUCUACGAGAUUACUGAAGACAUCAAUGUCUUUAUGCAGAAUGGUGAUAGAGAACUUAUAGUUGAAGUGUUUAAGGAGGUUCUUGCUGCAUGGAAUGGCCUUUAAAAGUUACAAUUAAUUCACAGUGGUUAUUCUCAUGCAUGCGAUUAAGAGAACAAUGUACGGGAUUUUAUGAUUUAUCACGAUUUUUAAAGAUUUUUUUUUAUA